AUGCGGUCAUCGGUGCAGGAUGCCGUCAACUCGCGCGACUUGAGCUACAGCGAGGUGGCCUGCGUCGCGAUCCUGACCUGGGACGUGCUGAUUAUGUUCUCCGAGGAGGUGGAGCACAUCUGGAGGCGGACAUGGGCGCCUGGAAAGGUCUUGUACCUCAUCGCGCGAUACCUCCCUUGGCUGGUUCAACUCGCACUCCUCGCCAUCAACGUUAACGGCACCACCGGACUUUUCUUCACGCCCGCCCAAUGCGGCCAGUGGCAGAUCGUCCAGGGCGUCCUCCUCCAGCUCAUCGUCACCACCGUCGAUGUCAUUCUUAUCACACGCGUCUUGGCGCUAUACAACAGGAACCGCAUUUUGGUUUACUCGCUCGGCGCGCUCUUCUUGGCCGAGCUCGCGUCGCUCUGCUACAUCCUCGCAGUAGUGACCCCACGGCUAACAUACAACGAUGAGUGCUACGUCACCUCUAGUCCUCCCAUCUUCCAGUACUUCUGGAUCAUCUCGCUUGCGUUCGAGACCGUCCUCUUCGUGCUCACGAUCGGAAAGUUCAUCGACGCCGUCCGCCAAGGCUGGGGCAAAGGCCCCGUCAUGCAACAGUUCGUCGCCGACGGGACGUGGGCGUACACCCUCAUCUUCGUCGUCAUGCUCAUCAACAUGAUGCUCUACAAGCUCGUCCGCUCUACCCUCACCGGCAUAUGCUACACACGAGCUGACCGCGCCCGCGCCCUCCAGGGAUCGCGCCUCAUCCUCAACCCCCGCCGCGCGUCGACGAUCCACUCCUCCUCGGGCGACAUCACCCGCAGCCAGCUCGACAUCGAGCUCUCGCGCCUCUCGCGCCUCUCCGCGCCACCCCGGCCGCGCCGCUCGCACGGCAUAGCCGUCACGAUCGAGCGCACGACGACGACGGACAACUUGGAGGCGCACAUCAGCCUCGACUGCGUUCCAGACUCUCCGUGGAGCGCGACGAAGGGCGGGGAGAGCGACGUCGGUGCGUCUCCGAGCUCGUUCACGUCGCACGAGCGCGAGCGGAUGGGGUUCGGGGUGUAG